CGUCGCUACAGCUAAGAUGAAGGGAAUUACUUUAAUAGUUUUGUGCUCAAUCCUUGUGUUGUCAUCAUUGAUAAAUGUAACAUUCGGAUAUAGCAUGAAAGUGAGUCUUAACUUUCCGGAAAGGGCAGGAUUCCCAUCAAAAACAACAUUACGGUGUGAUAGCGGGAAUUAUAUCGUGGUUAGAAAGGGUAUUUUAUUUUAUAAUAACGGCAAGAAGAACGAAAAAGCGUGGUAUCCGCCAAAGAUGGCGUGUGAUUUUGAAGAAACAUGCACGUUUGAGCUUGUAGAAGAACAAUAUAAAUAUUUGGAAUUAAAGGAGGGAGAAAACUUAGAACUUCAAAUUCAAUACGAUUGUAAACCCAAAAACUUUAAAGGAAAUCCAAGAAGGAUAUCACAGUAUGGACAAAUCGGAAAGUGUCCGCACGACUCUUUUGUUCAGAAACACGUUGGUUAUAUUUGGAAUGAUGAUAUUGUCUCUAAUUCGGAAACGGCAAAAAAGGAAAGGGAAGUGAUUGCCAUGAGCGUCUGUGCUCAAGUCAGACGUUUUAGGGAAGCUAAUCCAAAUACCCCAAUCGAUCCAAAUGAAUCCACAGUGUUUUUGAUACAUGAUAAACACCAACUCACCAAAAAUUUCGAGCCAAGUGGAAAUAAUGACUGUAAACUAACGGGAAAUGCUCUUGCCCGUUCAUUUAAGUAUCAGUGUUCAAGAGGCGCCAAUAAAUGGACAUGUGAUUUCAAAGGCAAGGGAAUGGAUGUGGCUAGACAUAUCAAAAAUAAUGGCCAUUUAUUAAGCCAAAACCGUAACCGUAACCAAAACCGGAAUUUCUCCUAGAUGCUUUGAUUGGAAAGUGAACACAUUACGAAACACAACACAGUGAACUACAGUUUCAAGAAAUUGUCUUAUUAAAAUAUAUUCGCAAUUCAAUAUUACACAUAUACAAAGAAAAUAAAAAUUCUUAAAUUGACAUUUUUUCCGCUUAAUAUACCAAUAAAUGUUUAACAUUCACUUAUUUUGCAUAUUUUA